GGGAUUCGGGGCGGAGCGGGCGCGGAGCCGCCGGCUGCCAGAGCCGCCUAUUCGCUCGGCGCAACGCUCUGAGCCCGAGGAGCUUCAGGGCCGCUCGCGACGGGCCGGACCGGAGGCGGGGAGGCGCGGGCAGCUCUCUCGCGGCGGCCCCGGAGAGGCGACCAGGAGGCCAUGGGCCGGGAGCGGCGGAGUGGCGCUCAGGGCGGUCGGCCGGGCGCAGCGCCCGGCCCCGCGGGACGCAGGCAGCCCGGCUGGGAAUGAAGGCGGCGGCCGCCGGAGCGCCCCAGCGGCGGCGAGGAAGGGGCGGGCGCGCCCUGCCGGGACCAUGUCGGUGCCGCUGCUGAAGAUCGGCGUGGUGCUGAGCACGAUGGCCAUGAUCACCAACUGGAUGUCGCAGACGCUGCCCUCGCUCGUAGGGCUCAACACCACCAAGCUGAGCGCCGCCUCGGGGGGCACCUUGGACCGCAGCACCGGCGUGUUACCCACCAACCCCGAGGAAAGCUGGCAGGUGUACAGUUCUGCUCAGGAUAGUGAAGGACGAUGCAUAUGCACAGUGGUGGCGCCUCAACAGACGAUGUGCUCACGGGAUGCCAGAACAAAGCAGCUACGGCAGCUUUUGGAAAAGGUACAGAACAUGUCUCAGUCAAUAGAAGUCUUGGACAGGCGAACUCAACGGGAUCUUCAGUAUGUUGAGAAAAUGGAGAAUCAAAUGAGAGGUCUGGAAUCCAAGUUCAAGCAAGUGGAAGAGAGUCACAAGCAACAUUUGGCCAGACAGUUCAAGGCAAUAAAAGCGAAAAUGGAAGAGCUUAGGCCCUUGAUCCCAGUGUUGGAGGAGUACAAAGCCGAUGCCAAAUUGGUUUUGCAGUUUAAAGAGGAGGUGCAGAACCUGACGUCAGUUCUAAACGAGCUCCAGGAAGAAAUUGGCGCCUUUGACUACGAAGAGCUUCAGAGCAGAGUGUCAAAUCUUGAAGAGAGGCUGCGGGCAUGCAUGCAGAAAUUAGCGUGUGGGAAAUUGACUGCAAUAAGUGACCCCAUAACCGUAAAGACUUCUGGUUCAAGGUUUGGCUCCUGGAUGACAGAUCCCUUGGCUCCUGAAGGUGAAAGCAAGGUCUGGUACAUGGACAGUUAUCAUAACAACCGAUUUGUCCGUGAAUACAAAUCCAUGUCUGACUUUAUGAACACGGAUAACUUCACCUCUCACCGCCUUCCACACCCAUGGUCUGGCACUGGCCAAGUGGUCUACAAUGGCUCAAUUUAUUUUAACAAAUACCAAAGCCACAUAAUCAUCAAGUUUGACUUGAAAACAGAGAGCAUCCUUAAAACGCGUAGCUUGGAUUAUGCUGGCUACAAUAAUGUCUAUCAUUAUGCCUGGGGUGGCCAUUCAGACAUCGACCUCAUGGUGGAUGAGAACGGGCUUUGGGCUGUCUACGCCACCAACCAAAAUGCGGGGAACAUCGUUAUCAGUAAGCUGGACCCCAACACCUUGCAGAGCCUCCAGACCUGGAACACAAGUUACCCCAAGCGCAGUGCUGGUGAAGGGUUCAUCAUCUGUGGCACAUUAUAUGUCACCAAUGGUUAUUCGGGAGGAACCAAGGUGACCUACGCUUACCAGACCAACAGCUCCACUUAUGAAUAUAUAGACAUCCCAUUCCUAAACAAGUACUCACAUAUUUCCAUGCUGGACUACAACCCCAAGGACAGAGCGCUCUACGCGUGGAACAAUGGCCACCAAAUACUCUACAAUGUCACCCUUUUCCACGUCAUCAGGUCCGAUGAGUUAUAGUCCCCUUUGUGGUGCAAAGAUGGAACUGAAUGCUUCGCACACAGCAACCCAGAGAGAGCAUAAGUUCAGAUGGACAUAUAUUUUAAAUUAUCAAAAGGAAAGUUUCAAAAUGGAGCAGCUGCCAAAAUGUAAAGAGAGAGGAUUAUAUCUUAGUUAAAACUGCAAGAUCAGAACUUACCUCUCAAAUGUCAAACUACUAUUAUUGACAACAGGAAAAAAUGCUACUCAUUUGCAGCUGGAACUGCACUUGAAAAAUACUUUCCAGCCACUUUUUCAGGGUGGGGCUGGGACGGUUGUCCCCCCAUUUAUGUUCCAAUAGCAAAGCUGUAGUUAUAACGUACAAUGAAAGGCAAUGACUGUUGGACAUUCAUCACGGGGUGGUGGGGUAGGGUUAUCUGGUUUUCUUGUUUUCCCUCUUUUCUUCUUUUGCCUUUGUUUCUUCUUGGUGUGUUGCAUGGACACUUUCCUAUAUCACAGCAAGCUACAAUGAAUGUCUCGGUUGUUUGACAACACACGGUUGAUUCAUACUGAUAGUGUUUGAUUUUUUUUU